AUGUUCCUCUCCUGGUGGCGAAUCUCUCUGCCAGGGGGAUAUCCCUCUACUGGGGCCCCUCUGCUGCCCCCCCCCUGGCAGAGUCGGGUCCUCCCGCCGGGCUCCUGCUGGGCACCCCAGCGCUUUCCCAAGGCCGUGCUUGUCAUCAUUGAUGCCCUACGGUUCGAGUUCGCCCGCUUCAACCCGGCCAAGGCCAGCCCACUGCCCUAUGAGAACAAGCUGAGCUUCCUGCACCAACUGGUGACCCCCACCUCACCCGACGGGGGCAGCAACUUCGCCACCUACGCCAUCCAGGAGGACAACCUGCUGGCACAGCUGGUGCAGAACGGAAGGAGAGUGGUCUUCAUGGGCGAUGACACUUGGGAAGGACUCUUCCCAAAGAAGUUCUUCCGCUCGUACUUCUUCCCUUCUUUUAACGUGAAGGAUCUUCACACUGUGGACAAUGGGAUCCUGCAGCAUCUCUACCCAACUGUGGACAGUGGUGAGUGGGAUGUGCUGAUUGCUCACUUCCUUGGUGUGGACCACUGCGGGCACAAACAUGGACCUGACCAUCCUGAAAUGGCCAAGAAGCUCACCCAGAUGAAUGAGAUGCUCAGGUCCUUGGUGGAUCACCUGGGGAAUGAUACCCUUCUUCUGGUGGCUGGGGACCAUGGCAUGACAGAGACUGGAGACCAUGGUGGUGACAGUGAGAAGGAAGUGAAUGCAGCACUGUUUGUGUACAGCAAAUCUCCCCUCUUUGGCACUGGCCCUCCAGAGGAGCCUGAGGCUGUUCCCCAGGUGAACCUGGUGCCCACCGUGGCCCUGCUGCUGGGUGUGCCCAUCCCCUACAGCAACAUCGGGGAGGUGAUGGCAGAGCUGUUCUCCAGGGAUGAUGACGCUGUGUCUGCAGUUUUGCAGCAGCUCUCGGUCUAUCACAUCAACGCCAAGCAGGUGGACCGCUUCCUGCAUUCCUACUCCCUGGUGGCUCAGGACCUGCCAGCAGAGCAGCUCCAGCGCCUGCAGGAGCUCUUCUCUGGUGCUGUGGAGGAGCACACUCAGCUUCUGGCGCAGGUGCAGGGAGCAACACUGGUGCCUCCAGACCUGGAGUCCAGGCUGGGAAGCCUCAUCGGUCGCUUCCAGCUCUACCUGCGGGAGGCACGGGCUGUGUGCACCCAGUCCUGGGCCCGCUUCCCGCCCCUGCGGAUGGGGGGGGGGCGCACCCUCAUUGUUGGCCUGAGGCAGAGGCUGCGGGCGUGGCUGGGGCUGGCCUUCCCCAUGAGCAUCCUCCUCUUUCGCUGCGGGGCCAUGUUCUCUGACAGCUUCGUGGUGGCCGAGGCCCGGGUUGCCCCUUUCCUGCUGGCCUCGCUGGUGGUGUUGCUGGUAGGGAAGCUCCACUGGGAUGGUCGCCUGACUCUGCCAGAAGGCCCCAGGCAGCAGCUCCUCAGCUUCUCUUCUUACCGGAGAGAGAUCUGGUACCUGCUGUGCCUCGUGGCCGCGCUCCUCAUCUGCGUGCGCCUCUCCAGUUUCUUCCAUCAGUGCCGUGAAGAAAUCCCUCAGUGCCGGCCCUCUCUUUUCCUCUCCCCGCUUGCCAGCCUGAGAAACACACGAGCCAAGAACCUCUUCUACCUCCUGUGCGUGGCCUUGCUGGCCGGGCUGGUGUACACAGUGCGGAGCUGGCUGCGGCACUACGGCAACCUGAACAGCUCGGGCCCCCUGGUGCUCUUUGUGCGCUGGGGCUUCCCGCUGGUGGUCCUCUGCAUCUCCUGCUACUAUGGUCUGGCGUCGGUGGGGCUGCUGCUUCUGCUGUGCAAUCCCAUGACGGUGUUGGCAAAGAACACGCAGGAAUCAGCAGGAUCCAUCGUCACUCCCUACCUGGGGGUUCCCAGCUCUGAAGUUGACUUCCUCCACGUCAUCCCUCAGAUCUACAAGAGGAUGCAGGAGUCUCAGAAGAGCCGCCUAGAGCGGGGCAGCUGCCGGGCCACCAUCGCAGCGUACGGGCUGGGCAGCGUCUACUCGGCAGCCCUGCUCACAGCUCUCACCCUGCUCAGCUUCCUCUUGAUGCUCCUGCACAGUGAGCGGCUGAGCCUUGCCUUCCUGCUCCUCUUCCUGGAGGCCUUCGUGCUGCUGCACAUCCACACACGUGCCAGAGGCCUUGCUGGAGAUGUCGAGCCUUUUUCGGUGCCCUGGUACGCGGUGAUUUCCUGGCUCCUUGCUGCUUCCCAGUUCUUCUAUUCCACAGGCCACCAGCCCAUCUUCCCAGCCAUCCACUGGAAUGCAGCCUUUGUGGGCUUCCACCUUGACCACAGCACGAACCUCCUGCCUGCUGUCCUGGUGGGCGCCAACACCUUUGCCUCCCAUAUCCUCUUUGCAGUUGGCUGCCCUCUACUCCUCCUUUGGCCCUUUGUGUGUGAGAUGCCCAGCUUGCAGAAGAGGAAGCCCAAGAAGGAGCCCCGGGAGGAGCUGCAGGAGGUGGAGGAACACAUGAUGGAGAUGAGGCUGAGGGAGUCCCCAGAGAAGUUCUCCACUGCUCUGCUGCAGCUGGGGCUGAAGUACCUCUUUGUCCUUGGCACACAGCUUCUGGCCUGUGUUUGUGCAGCGAUGAUCCUCAGGAGGCACCUCAUGGUCUGGAAGGUCUUUGCCCCAAAGUUCCUCUUUGAGUCACUGGGCUUCGUGGUGAGCAGCAUCUGCCUCCUGCUGGGGAUCUCCCUGGUGAUGCGUGUGGACUGUGCCGUCAGCAGCUGGUUCAGCCAGCUGCAGUUCAGGUGUGUGCUGGCAGAUGCCAGCUGCUGA